CUUCACAUUUUUUCUUAUGCGUGGCAGAGCAAAAAAGAUCUUGGUUUUUAUGAUACGCAAUUCUUCAUAUUGAAUACUACGUUCCUUGCAUCCAUUCCUGAAAAACAAACUUACCAAGAGUUGAUAUCGUUGCUUCUGAGAGUAGCACGCAUGGCAGAAUUCUGGCGGGUGAAUCGCAGGAUCAUCUCUCUCAGCCAAGACACCGUAGACUAGCCAGCGAAGAGCUGAUGUGUGUGCUCU